GCGGUGGCUUAGGCAGAACGUGUAGUGAAGAUCGUACCGGCGCCUUCGGCCCAGACCACUCCUCGUCAUGGCAUCUCAAACGAUUCGCGCUCUUCUGUUGCUGAUGGUGGUUCAACUAAACUGCGAGACUUCGUGGGCCCAAGGAUGGUCCCAAGGAUGGCCCCAAGGAUACCCAUCGUCGCCACUGGGUCGUCCACCACGAGUUCAAAUCACUCCGUAUUCCACCACAGGUCUAAUUGAUCCUUUUAGUCGUCCUCCUCAACCCCCUCCACGAUAUCCACCCCCUCAACCCCCUCCACGAUAUCCACCUCCUCAACCCCCUCCACGAUAUCCACCCCCUCAACCCCCUCCACGCUAUCCACCCCCUCAACCUCCUCAACCCCCUCAACGUCCUCAACCCCCUCAACGCCCUCAACCCCCUCAACGCCCUCAACGCCCCCGCCCGAAGAAUCCGAUCAUUAAAGUGGUAGCGGGGCCUAUCAGAGUGGUCGACCCGAUAGAUUACGAGCGAUUAAAGGCCGCCGGCUAUAAUCGGCGACAGUGGGAACAGUCGGACGACUUCUACAGAGCAGGAGCGUGGCCGGAACAUCACGAUGUCGUUCGCGCUUUCCACGAUGAACCGCCGUUCGUGUUCAACGGACAGUCCAGGCCUCCGAUAGCUGACAGGUCAAUCUACGACGACUAUUCCGCACGGAAUUUAAACGCUGCUGCCGAACCGUCGGUAGCUUAUCGCGAUCUCUUCGGCUUCGAGGACUUGCCGGACGAUCUCGGACUACCUCGUUCAGCAUUGGCAUUUCUGCGCAACAAAUGGCUAUUCCCAUUCGCAUUUCACGUCAAAGGUUCGACGGUACUGAAGAGCACAUCGGAUCACGACGCAAAAACGAAGCAAAACAAGCUGCACCAUCUUCCACUCUCUGAAGAGGCUCACGAUAAGUAUUCUUCGGACGAAGAGGCCGAAACGACCGAUAAAUGUCCCCAAGGAACAAUGUUAUCAGCGCAUGAUUAUUGCGAGCCGAUUGACGCCGCCGAUCAUGAGAACUCCAUGGCCAACAGUGGAAUAAAGCGAGAGAGCUACGACAACGACCUCGGUGAUUACGACGAUGACUCCUCCGUAUCCGCCACGUGGAAGAAGGACAAUCACGGUAGAUCCACCAAGAAUUGUCCGCCUGGAACGGAAUUACUUGGCGGUCGUUGUAGAGAGAUCUUCUAGCUUGCUGAUUACAGCUUGCAGCAGUGUUAUAUUACACUAAUAUGUCGAAAUUAGCGCGUCAGAUCGCGAUUAGAGAAGCGUCACGUGAACGAAGGAAUUGGUUCAACACACUGUAUUAUUACAUUUUAUAAUACAAGGUGGCUUGAUAGGGCUUGAUAAGGCUAAUAAUAACUUGUCGCGUCGGAACGAGUAGGCAAUAAAUAUUAUAUCUAAUAUUUACCCACGACUCGUCUCGAAUUAAUAAUCAAUUAUUAAUAUCUAAUAUUACCCUCUCGUAAAAAUAAAAAAUUGUAUCCGGGCGUUAAUAAUGAUUUGUUAGUAAAAAGCAUUAUUAUCUAUUAUUUAAUAAUAGAUUUAACAAUGAACUAUACUACAAUUCAAUCGUUAUGAUUGAUUAUUCUGUAGAAAAAUACAUACUGCAUUCAAGUAAAUAUUACUUGUUUCAAGUAUUUCAUAAAAGUUUCUGCAAUAUAUAUCCGCAAAUCUAUUAUAAGUUCAUCGCAAACAUGAUAUUUAUUCAAAAUGGAUUAUAAAUCUUAGUAAGUUUAAAAAAUCUCAAUCAAGAAUAUUAAAUUAAAACGAAAAUUCAGUUUGCAUACGAAUGGAACCAAUUUUUUCUUCGAUAAACUUUUAUAAUAUUCUUAUAUAAAGAAUAAAUUUUUCUUCUUUUCAUUGUAUAAUAGAUAAUGAACUCUCUCUCUCUUCUCUCAAACUUAUGACAAGUAUAUGUUGUGAGACUUACAAUGUAUUAUCAAGAAACUAUUCGUUGUUGAGGACAACCGUUACUUGAAUGAAGAAAAGUAAAUCGCGUAAUCGUUUCUUUUAGCAGCAGAAUGACAUUUUUCUGUGUGCGCAUUCACGCCACGCUUCGCUCAUGACAAAUGCUCAAUACUGCCGCAGGAUCGCGGCGAGAUUAAUUCGCGCUCAUGGACGUAUCCGUGCGUACACGCUGUUCCGCAAAUUGCUCCACGAAACACGUCUUUCGCGCCAUUACAGGAUUUGCAGGUGAAUUAUAGAGGCCAGGUUUCCGUGAGAGAGCGCUCCCCGGCGAGAGCCGACGGUAUCUGCGGACUAAACUGCCGAAAGGCGUCUUUAUUACAACGGCAAGAGAGCCGGGAGCGCUGGAUGGGACCGCGAGAAUCGUGGUCCUGCUGUAGCAAGACGACGUGCUCGGUGAUUGUCGUUAGACGGCGCAGGAAGUUUAUAAAAACGAGCUCUCCUCGUAGAGUCGCUCGAUUGAACUUGCCCGAUUUCCCCAGAUCCUUUUUCCCGGUCUUAUUCUUCCGUCGGAACUUUCCCCGCGUAUCCAGCAUCCCGCAUCCCCGUGGACUCCCUUGCCCGGAUAAACAACACGUGUAAUGCACUUGCUUGAUCUCAUUACACAGACGCUUUAUACUACGCGGGAAAUGGAAAAAAAGAAAGAGAGAGAGAUAUAUGGAGAUAUAUAGUUUAAGGAAUUAUAAAUUAAGCUGAUGCCAAAAAAUUCAUAGAAUAAUUGGAUACUUUGCAUCAAUUGUGAAUUUCGAUUUUCCGUUAAGUAGCUUUCAUAAAUUUUAAGGAUUUCUGAACAUCAGGCGCUUCUCCUCGUCGGCUACACUGUGUGUGAGGAAAUAUCUAAAAAAUAAAUAACAUUUAUUUAACUAA